UUCAAAAAGUUGGCAGCGCCCUUUCUGUCUGUCUCGCUCUCUCUCACUAUCUCAGAGCCGGCAAAACAAAACACACAUUUUUUUCUGGGAGAAUUUUCUUGAAUGUUCCACAAGAAAUGACUGAUUAGCAGAGGAGCAAAAGCAAAACCACAAACAUGGAAGAUAGCAACGAAGAGAUUGAACCCUGUCGUAGCAUUGGGCCGCACGAGCUGGACGUCGUAAAAAGUCAGGCGGUUAUAAAAUUAUCGCCCGUCCAGCUGCCGGCCCAUUUCAAGCGCCUAGAAUGCAACACGAAUCUGAAUCUGCCACCCCUCAACUGGCUGACGACCUCCCACAGCAGCCACGGGCUGCACCAGGCUCUGUAUCAGAGUGCUGGCUUCGCCAGCUUCCGUCUGGGCCAGAUGUUUCCCGACUGUGUUGGCGAGGUGGAUGUGGUGUCCGAUGCGGAGAACAUCAAGCAGUUGCUGAAGCUCCCAUACAGUGCCCAGAGCCCCAUUAGCAUGGUGGUACACAAGGUGGGCAACACCCUGCUGCUGGACGAGUUCGAUAUACAGAAAUAUCUGCUACGCAAAUCGGAUGAUGACUGGAAAUGGCUGCGCACGUUCAUCCUCGAGCACAUCUUGUCGUUUGGCGACAAGCAGCACAACUACUGCCUGAAAGAGCGCAAUCGGGAGGCUCUGCAAACAAAGAAUCUGCUCUCCAAGUUCCUGUAUCACAGCCUAAAACAAACAGGCGAUGGCGGGGAGUAUGAUGUGCACACUACGCCCACGCAGUUGACCAGCAGACGCCAGGGAUUGCCCAUCACGGGUCCCGUGCUGCCAGAGCCGAAGAUCGAGGAGAAUGUUCCCGAUCCCAAGUCCAGUCAUGCGUUCAACCGGAACGUGGUGUGGACCUUUGAGGAUAUCCGUAUGCUCAUUGGCACCGACAUGCCCAUCUUUGGAGGGCCCAAUCGACCGUGCAUUAGCCUCCGCCUGCGCGACGCCGCCCAGCCCAUAAAUGUGCUGACUGGCAUCGACUACUGGCUGGAUAACCUCAUGUGCAAUGUUCCCGAGGUUGUGAUGUGCUACCAUCUGGAUGGGAUUGUCCAGAAAUACGAAAUCAUCAAGACUGAGGAUCUGCCCUAUCUGGAGAACUCGCAAUUCUCGCCGCAGGUGGUGCGCAAUGUGGCCCAGAAUAUAUUGGCCUUCCUCAAGGCCAAUGCCACGAAGGCCGGCCACACCUACUGGCUGUUCAAGGGACGCAACGAUGAUGUGGUCAAGCUCUACGACCUGACCACUCUCUACCAGAACCAGACGACCCAGGCCGCCGAAGAGUCUGAGUCGCCGCCGCAGCAGCAGGUGAACCCGUUUACCGUGCCCGUGGGCAUGCUGCUCUAUUCUGUCGCUCGUAACAUGAAGAACACGCUGCAGCACAUCAGCCCCAGGACGGCGGGCAGCAUACGCGCCCUGCUGGACAACUGCAUCAAGCUGCUGCCCAAGGAGCAGUAUCCGCAAAUUGUCAGCUCCUCGCACUAUAUACUCUCCGACCUGCAUGUGCCGGCUGGCAUCGAUCCCAAGGCGCCCAAGUUCGAGGAUCUGGACUCGGACACACAGUCGCUGUACGAUGAUGAUGAGGAGGACGAGGAGGACUAUGACGAUGAGCCCCUGGACUGCGAUGGAAUCUAUGGCAGUGACAAGUACUAUCAAAGUGCCGAACAGAGCGGAGGCAAGGCCAACGUGGCUGUGAGACACAUUUGCGAUGCUCUCCGGGAAUUCAAAUCGCACGCCAAGAAGUCCAAGCCGGCUCCCCUGCUCGCCUCGACAGCGGAACGUUGCACCAUCUCGCUGGAGCACAUCAGUGCGGGCAUCUCCUGUCUGCAAUACUUUAAUGGCAAUCAGGAGGAGAAGCUCAAGGAAACGGAGACGAUUGCCAAGCAGGAGGAAAAGCAACGCAUUCUCCAUGAAGAGCAGAAUCCCAAUAUGGCCAGGCCGUUCAAUGCCAUACCACUGCCAUAUGAGCAGUUGCAGGUGACGCAGGCACAGUCCCAGUCCCAGUCCCAGUCCGAGACCCAGUCCCAGCCGCAGGCAGAGGCACAGGCGCAAGCCAUCAAGAAGCCCAACGCCAAGGCCAAAGGCAGCAAGUCCAAGGAGCUGGCCACCACCAAUACCAGUACCACAGAUGGAAAAUCCUACACGCAGCUCAGUGCCAAGUUCAAUAGUCAGCAUUUUGGCUCGUGGAAUGUCCAUCUGAAGCUGCUGCUGCUGGAGAAGGCCUGCCUAACGGGCGCCACACUGGCGGAGCACCACUACGAGUCGCACCAGUACGGCUCCACGCUGCGAUCCAUUGAGCUGGCAUCUCGCUGCCAGCAGGUACUCAACAAGUACAUGGCCAAUGUGGUCUCACAACAGAGCUGCCUGCUGGGCCGAGCCGGCGACUGUUUCUUUCAAAUGUCCAAGAACUGGGAGGCCAUCGAUGAGUAUGUGCGCCAAUACGAGGAGCAGGACGAAUCGACCCGAGUGAUUGGCGAAGAACUGUCACUGGAACUGGGGGAGGAGGAGGAGGAGCAGCUGCCUUCGCUGGCUCCCGUCAAAAACGUCGAACAGGUGAUGAUGAACAGCUGCAAGUGCUACGAACUGGCCCUGGAGCAUGCCCAAAAGGCCGAGAGCAAUGAGCUGCUGCGACGAUUGGGAAAUGUUCGAAACGAGCUGGGUCUCAAGUACAUGUACUGGGCACAGGAGGAGUACCGCGAGGUUGUGGAGAAAAAAGAGGCAUCGGAAGCUGCCGGAGAUGAUAAACAGGAACAGGAUAAUGCCACUGCCGAACCGCUCUACGUUAAGCUGACUGUCAAUUCUUAUGACUGCCUGCGCCGUGGCAUCGAGGCCUUUACCGCAGUGCAGGACAAUGUUAAUCUGGCCUUUCUUUAUUGCAACAUGGGUAGAUUUAUGCGUCUGCGCGCCCAUCUGACCAUGCCCAAUGAGAGUGCCAUUACUUUAGACUCACAAAAAGCCUUUUAUAACGAGGCCUUCAACUAUUACGAGAAGGCCAAAGACUGCCUGGACACGCGCAAAGCGAAUGCCGAGCUCUGGGAUCUUGUCAAUUGGGAGCUAUCCACUGCCACCUUUACGCUAGCCAAACAGCUGCAGGACCACAGUGCAGCAGACAAGAACAGCCUGGUGGAGGCCUCCAAAGAGGUGCUCGAACUGCUGCAAAAGGCCCUGCGCCUGUGCGAUGUGGAGCAUGCUGGGGCACGCCAAGUGCUCUACAGCUUUCGUGCUGGCUUGAUACACAAAAGGAUUGCAUCUUUUCAUUAUUCGCAACUGCGUUCGAAUGGCUGCUGCGAUCUGUCGCAGCUGCCCAAAUCCACGUUGCAGCUGUGCAAAUAUCACUACGAGAAGUCCACUCAAAUCCUGGAGAGCCUCAAGGAGGUGGGCGACCUGCUGGUGGUGCAACUAGAGCGUAUAUCCCUGCAUGAAUUUCUGGCGGAACUUUCCACCCACUCUGCGCAGAAGAUCAAGCAAAUGCAAGCUGCUCUGGAGAUUUGCUUGCAGUGCCAGACCAUUUUUGGCCACGUCAUCGAUGCUAACAGCCAGGUCGAUGACGAAUUCGCCGCACAUCUGUCACUCUUUGAGAGCCGCUUGCAGAAUGCAUUGAAGACGCUCACGAAGCUGCUGCUGACCGGCAAGGAUCCCAAACAGCUGUCGGCAUUGUACAAGCGCAUGUAUAUGGAAACCUUGACUGGGAAACAUGGGACAGGGGCCCAGCAUACAGCAGCAGCAGCAUGCGCUGAUGAAGCGCCACCAAAACAUUUGCACACGCUGCUCGGCCGGCUACAAGCCAUGUGCGACGCUCACCUCGCCGUGGGCUAGCCAAAGCGGCUGUACGUGUCUUCGAGGGGGUUUCAUAAAGAACCGAUCAAAUCGUAUGCAUUGCAUUGCUCGCUGUCUCUCGCUUGUUUAUUAAUGUAUUCUGUGCUUAGCCCCGCUUGCCGCAACCGCAAUCAUCGCUGGUCGCCUCAUCCACCCGGCCAACAGCGACGCCCAUCUGCAGAAACGACACCAGCAGCACAACCACCACCACCAUCGCCAGUUGUAGGAUCUGUCAAAGCAUCAACAUUAUUAUCUUCAAUAUCACUUCAGUCUUCAAACUAUAAAUGUAUGUGGCCGUAUCGCGGUAUAUAUCUCACCUUGCAGCGUCGUUGAGUUCUCAUUUUGAGUGCGUUUGCUGGCCAUGGGCACGGCGGCUCUUAUAAAGUCUGAGGGUCUUGGGCCCAAAACGUGUCGCUCAUCAAGAUUGGCUAAACACACCCCCACAAUCGAAGUCAGCUUCUGUUCAAAAUUCUGUUGAACAAGAGCCAACAAUCGCCACUACUGGAUGCGCAGAUAUGCGCAGAGGCCUUAGCUACGUUUCACUCUUAACUCUAAACACACUCUUAACCUAAUCUCUUUUAGAACACUCUUUAACUUUAAUGGAAAUCAAGAUCUGUCUCUGAUGUACUCUUAGAAAAUGGCUUUAAUAUUUAAGCUCUGCUUCCCAGUUUGAUUAUUACUUAUAAAGUUGUACAUCAUUCAUAAAUUGAAAGCCAAUAAAAAGCGUUUUAAAAGCAA